CGGUUCUGGACAGGCUGGAUGGUGAGCAUCGCUCCAGUGCAGGAGCUGCUCCUCUUCUUCUGAAUCCUCCGAUCGCUGCUCAGCAACUUCUCCUGCGCAUGCGCACUCGGAGCAACAGUCGGGCUACCAACCUGGUCAAACAGCGGGUGUAAAAAUGCAUAAGCUGAAGUCUUCGCAGAGGGACAAAGUACGGCAGUUCAUGUCCUUCACACAAGCUGGGGAGAAGACAGCUGUGUACUGCCUCACGCAGAAUGACUGGAAACUAGAAGUCGCAACAGAUAACUACUUUCAGAAUCCAGAGCUUUACUGUAAGGAAUCCAUGAAAACUUCGGUGGACCGGAAAAAGCUGGAGCAGCUCUACAAUCGCUAUAAAGAUCCUCAGGAUGAAAAUAAGAUCGGCAUCGAUGGGAUCCAGCAGUUCUGUGACGACCUCUCGCUGGAUCCCGCCAGCAUCACCGUUCUGGUCGUUGCGUGGAAAUUCCGUGCUGCCACUCAAUGCGAGUUUACCAAGAAGGAGUUCCUGGAUGGAAUGACAGAGCUGGGGUGUGACAGUCCAGAAAAAUUGAAGGCCCUUUUGCCAAGGUUAGAGCAGGAACUAAAAGACAGCGGGAAAUUCAAGGACUUUUACCAAUUCACGUUUAAUUUUGCCAAAAAUCCCGGACAAAAGGGUCUAGAUUUAGAAAUGGCCGUGGCCUACUGGAACCUGGUUCUGUCAGGACGGUUUAAGUUCCUCGAUCUUUGGAAUAGAUUCCUUUUGGAACACCAUAAACGAUCCAUCCCUAAGGACACAUGGAACUUAUUGUUGGACUUUGGUAACAUGAUUGCAGACGACAUGUCAAACUAUGACGAGGAAGGGGCGUGGCCGGUUCUUAUUGACGAUUUUGUGGAAUUUGCCCGACCAAUUGUUACAGGAUCCAAACGUAAAACUCUCUAAACCCAGACGGAUUCCAACUGGAAACGAGAAAGAACAGAACUCUGUUUCUUUUACAGGAACAUUGUGAUUUUUUUUAAAGACUUGUACAAAAGAAGAAGAAGAAAAAAAUUGUAGACUUCAAGGAGAAAACAUGAAGCACUUGAAUCCGUCAGGAACCCGCCUGCUGGGAAUCGAACGCCUGGCUGGCUUUUCUGACCGACGUGGACACGGCCGGACUCUCAGCGCCCUGGACGCCGCGCCGCUUCAGGGGCGCAGCGUUCGUUUGCGCUCUAAAUGUCCGGGGGAAGAAGGAGCUGCGCGUUUGAAAGAUUCUUCCUAACCGAGGCUGUGGAGCGGCAGCGCCAACAUCCCAUGUCUUACUCUCACUUCAGAGUGCUCACCACACCAGCACCGACAGAACUGAUGCAGUUUUUACUGUACAUACUGUAUCUAAUGGGACAGUUUACAAAGAUGAACUAUAUGAAGAAUAAUAUAAGAUGCUCAGUUUAUAAAUGCAAAGGAUGAUUGUUUUAUGUACAGUAAAUGCUAAGAUCUCUAACAGGACGCCUCAGUAUCGUGGAUGAAUAUGCUGUUGGUUUAAUUGUUCGAUGGGUGUUCAGUCAUGGAGUCGUGAGCUCGUCAUUGAAAGCAUGUUAAACCCAUGUUUUUGUUCUUUUUAAAGUCACAGCAGGCCGCUUUGAUCAACACAUUUCACUUAAGGAAAGGCUUUAAUCAAGAUAGUGAAUGCUGGUUUGUGCUAUUUGUUUGUCUGAAUAAUCUCAGUUUGUCCUUUCCAUCAUUAAAAAAAAACUUUGGUUUUUUACUCUUUACACCCCUGGAGGAUUGUGUUCGUUUAGCAGCAUCUCAGAGAAAAGGCAGAAUUUUGCAAUUGCAUGGUACAUAUCUGUAUGUUUUGGCAACGAGAGGAGUGUGGAGUCAGGACACUAAAGAAGGCAACAACAGGACAAGUAUACGCCUUAAGAAAAAAACAACAACCUGUCUGAUAUUUAUGUUUCUGUUCAACCCAUCUCCUCAGUGUUACUGAAAGUAAGGAACAUCAGAAUAUAUUGUCGAUCAACAUGUAAGGAGCAUAAGUAUAUUGUUCAUUUAAGAAAGAUGAAUAAAGCAUGAGUUUUUUUCAUAA